UACUCUCAUGCGGUCCACACAUGCUGGGGUCCUUUGAAGGGACUCACUGUCAUAGUCAAGAUGUCCGACAAAUACGACCACCAGAAGGAUGGGGAACCAAGGGAAGGGGACACGAGAGAAGGGGAAACAAGGGAUAGGGAUGAGGACUGGGGCUCAGGUGGCAACAGUGGCGGAGGCAACAGUGAACCCAAGGAUUAUGACGGCCCAGCGGGCAUGGACGUCGAUGGCGUCAUCGAGUCUAGCUGGACUGAGGUUGCCACAAGUUUUGAUGAUAUGAAUCUAGGAGAAUCUCUGUUGAGAGGAAUCUAUGCCUAUGGUUUUGAGAAGCCAUCUGCUAUCCAGCAGCGCGCCAUCUUGCCUUGCAUCAAGGGCCAUGACGCUAUUGCCCAGGCUCAGUCUGGUACUGGCAAGACUGCCACAUUCUCCAUCUCCAUCCUCCAGAGGAUUGAUGUCAAGAGCAAUGAGACACAGGCCCUAAUUUUGGCACCCACCCGAGAGUUGGCGCAGCAGAUCCAAAAGGUGGUUCUCGCCCUGGGUGACUACAUGAAUGUAACUUGUCACGCUUGCAUCGGAGGCACCAAUCUCCGUGAAGAUAUGCGCCGCCUGGAGAUGGGCGUUCAGAUCAUUGUGGGCACCCCCGGCCGCGUAUUUGAUAUGAUUAACCGUAGAGUGCUAAAUCCCAAAAACAUUAAGAUGUUCGUCUUAGAUGAGGCUGAUGAAAUGUUGUCUCGUGGUUUCAAGGAUCAGAUCUAUGACGUGUUCCGCUUCCUCCCCAACGAUGUCCAGGUGGUGCUCCUCUCGGCUACCAUGCCCGCUGAUGUCAUGGACGUCACAACAAAGUUCAUGCGUGAACCAAUUACCAUCUUGGUCAAGAAGGAGGAACUUACUUUAGAAGGUAUCAAACAGUUCUAUGUUAAUGUAGAGAAGGAAGACUGGAAGUUGGAGACGCUCUGUGAUCUGUACGAGACCCUAACCAUUACUCAGGCUGUCAUCUUCUGCAACACCCGCAGGAAGGUGGACUGGCUCACAGACAAGAUGCACCAGAGGGAUUUCACAGUGUCUGCCAUGCAUGGUGACAUGGACCAGAAGGAGCGUGACGUGAUCAUGCGUGAGUUCCGUUCAGGUUCAUCUCGUGUCCUUAUCACUACUGACUUGUUGGCCCGAGGUAUUGACGUCCAGCAGGUGUCUCUAGUUAUCAAUUAUGAUCUUCCCACCAACAGGGAGAACUACAUCCAUAGGAUUGGUCGAGGUGGACGUUUCGGCCGAAAGGGUGUAGCCAUUAACUUUGUGACUGCUGACGACACCAGAAUCCUCCAGGACAUUGAAGAGCACUACCGUACCUCCAUUGAAGAGAUGCCCAUGAACGUAGCUGAUUUGAUUUAAUUUAGGUGAGACUAUAGCGACAAUAAGGCCUCGGUUGUUGUUGCUCUGACCAACCCGCGCUCGCUGUCUUAUUCGCCAAUUGAACGUACCGUACACGCUGCCCGCCCCGUCUGAGAGCCGGCAUCGUGGUCUACUCUUGAGAGCUCGGACGCGUCUGAUCUGAGCCGUGAAGUGUCUGAGCCGUGUGUGUCUCCUGGAGUUCUGAAAUCAACCUGCCAUUGAGCUUGUGGUUCCAGGUGGACACCAUUUUAUUGCCUGUAUAUUGUGAAUAUCCAGGUAUUUUCCAUGGUUUCCAGCAGUAGUUAGUUUUAGUUGUAAGAAAUAAGUGGGCUUUAGCCCUCUCUUUUAAUUUUUGGAAGAUAUAUUAGUAUACAUAAUUGUGAAGAAAAGAAGAAGUCUCGAGGGUUUAGACAGAACCGCCCGUAGAAAGCGGCGGCAGCCUGUCCACCCCUCUGCCGGCCUUUCCCUCUCCUCUCUCUCCCCUAUUCUUUGCCUCCUGCCUUCAUUACACUCUCCCAUAUAACUUGUUGAUGUCACUCAUUAUAAUCUAUACCUUUUAUUUAUUCCUACAGCUUGUUCCAAUGACAGUUAUGAGGACUAGAGAGAAUUUUAGUUGCACUAGCACAGGAGAUGCUGAAGUAGAGUAUUUCAAUUACACUAUGACUGUAUCGCCAAUAACCUUCAUUUGUUUAAGGAAAAUAGUAUUAGGUGUAUGGCACGGAUAUUAUAUCCAAAAGAGACGUCGUCGGAAAUCUCUGUUAAAAUGUACGAGACCUCUUGGUGUAUUUAUUAAUAAAACUUGUAAACACCACAACUAAAUCCUUUCAUUGGUUCAUCACAGGGGAUAGUUAUUCUUGGUUUGGGAAGAGAACGGUUGGUGACGAUGUAGACUUAACUCGCUUUUUGUAUUUGCAGGUCAUGAGAGCUGUGAUGCACGGUCAAUAAAACACCAAGUCACCAUACUUGUGUAAUUAUC